AUGUUUUCUGUCAAUCACGACGCUGCUUGUGACGUGACUGCGGGGGUGAAGGUCGCAGGUCAUAGCAAUCCUCUCACACCUCACCGACGUCCUUUCCGCUGUCUCACUCCUGUCGGAGCAAAUGCCUCACCCACUUUGUCGGAGGGCUUUAUUAGAGACUAUCUUUCUCCUGGUACCGUCUAUGUUCCUCGUUCUCGUAGUCAAACUCCAAGCUCGGGAACGAACUCUCCCACCUUCAGGGAGCACGCCCAGAGGGCUUUACAGAUUGAUGAAGAUGAAGCGUCUCGUGCCCUCGGAGACCCAAGGCAGCUCUCCCGCUGGCUCACCCAGGUUGAGGUAGAUGCUCCGCCCACUUUGUCGGAUGGCUUUAUUAGAGAUUACAUCUCUCCAGGAACGACCUAUGUCCCUGGUUUACGCCAUUCCAAGACCCCAGCUACCAGAGAGCACUCCCCUGUGUGGACACCAGAAUCUGUUGAGGGCAACUGGUCUCUAGAUUUGGGUGUUUCUUGUACUCCCGACAGAGCGCUGCCCCUCCCCUCGGCCUGGUCCACCUCAGUCGAAGGAGAGACAUCGCCUACUUGGCGACUGCGCUGGGUUAACGAUUUCGUUCCGCAUACAACCCAUACAGUUGGUCCCCAGAGGCAGACUUCAAAUGCCACACGAACCCCCGAAGGAAUAAAGGACGAGUGUCCUAAUGAGCAAUCCUUCUUGAGUCAGUCGGCCCCUUCCUCUUAUGUUCUUCCAUACUUGACAGUUAUGUAUAUUGAUACAAAUUCAGAUGAUGUCGCACCAGGUCCACGUACCCCUGAUAGACAUGUUCGCUCUCGUUGGCUUACUCCAGCGGAGGGUGAUACCUCGCCGACCUUGCGAGAAUGGUUCCCUGACAAUAAUCCCGUUCAGAUUUCAUCUGGAAGAUCGCUCCAUGACUCUGAAGAUCAUUUUCCCGGGGCCGCUUCUUCAGGAUUCAAUCGGGAAUUGACUGCUGAUCAAGAGAUACUUCUAUCCGAGGCUCCGCGCGUCCAACGCUAUUUCUCAGACUGGCUUGUGGAGACUCAGGGUGAUGUAUUGCCAACACUGAGAGACGACCCUGUGAGCAUACGUGAUGAUGAUCAUCCUGGAGCAAUCUCCCUAAGCUUAAGUCAAGGGCCGACUACUGUUGCUGAAAGUUCCGAGUCGAAAGCUCUGCAGUGCUGCCCUGAGGGUUGUUUCUCUGACUUACUUGCUGGGGGUGAAGCUUAUGUGUCGCCAACGCUGACAGAUGAUUCUAUGAGCAUGCGUGAUGAUGAUCGUCUGACCUCCGUUGAGCCUUGCACUUUCGAAGAGCAGAAAAACGUGCAGGAAGCACCUGAAAGCUCUCAGGAUGGACCAUCUGUAGAAAGCACUUCGGAAGCAUUUAGAGAUAGCGCCAGGAUGGAUUUAGAUAUUCCACACGCUUGUGAACCUGAAGAGCGGAAGCGAAGUCGUAUGACCGAUGAAGAGUUGUUCCGCUUCGAAGCCCCUGGCCCUGGUUCCUGGAUGGCACCUCGUCCUGCUCAACUUUCAGCUGUUUCCACUGGUUCCAUUACCAACAAUCACACUACCAUCAUACAUCAUCACUGUGACUCUGUCGACACAGCCGAGCUUUCACCCUCGAUCACUCGAGGUCGUCGCAACUCCCGCGCUGGAUCUUCGGACUUUAAACCACGAAUCCAAGGACACCUUACUGGCGCCGACAUGCGUUCACACAAUAAAGACGCUAGAAGCUCCGCUGCGAAAGCCAUCAAGGGGGAACCUAGAAGCCCUACGUGGAAAUUCAUCAAGGAGGAACCUAGAAGCUCUCCUGUUCUAGCGAAUCGUGUUCAAACCUUAAUCCACCACACUGCUCACCAGCCUGCUGACUACACUCCAACUCCGCACUGGUUUAGCCACAUUUCUAGCACCGACAUCCUCAUUCAGCGGGGCGCUGCGGUUGUUUCUAGAACCGAGUCCUCACCGACCAGAACACGUCGUAGCAAAGGAACUGCAAACAGGUCGCGGCCUUUCAACCGCGUAAGGGACCGUAGAGUAGAUACUAUCCGUCUUGAUUCAACAGCCCUUGAAGCUGCGAGGCCCUCGUGCGCCAUUACUACCCGUCGUUGGAUGGUCACAUCUCCUACAAAACGUCGUCAAGUGGCUGGACCCGGUCAUAACGCCCAUUCUGCCUCGGGUGCUUCGAAAGCUGAUGACAGCCCGGAGGACGAUGAUGAAGAUCGUCUUGAGUAUGACCUUGAACGCAACGAGAACAAUCUCCAUGACGCGAAGCAUUAA